AUGAAGUUUAUAGUAUGGAUGUCGAUAAUCUUAGCGGUGGCUUCAGCUAGCCCGGUGGAAGAUAUCUGGCUUAAGUAUAAUCGGCGUAUGCCCGGUGGGGCUAAAGCAACCGAAGAGCUUCCAGCUCGUGGAAGGAUAAUUGGAGGCGUUGAGACCACAAUUGAAAAUGUUCCGUACCAGUUGAAUUUGCUUCGAAAUAACUUUUUCAGCUGUGGCGCUUCGGUGAUCUCUGAACAGUGGGCUUUGUCAGCUGCUCACUGUGUUUAUCCGGCUCCUCCACCACACACGGUCACUCUUGGUGGUGGUGCUACCAACAGACUAGACAGCAUUAUAUUCGAGGUGGCUGAAAUUCUUCUUCAUCCCCAAUACGAUGAUUGGGUUUUCCAACACGAUGCAAGUUUACUGAAAACAACACAACCUAUGGUCGGUUACAACAUCGCUCCGAUUGCACUGAUGCCUGUCAAUGAGGACUUUCCAUCGGGAACCCGAGCUGUAGUGUCCGGAUGGGGUAUUACGGAUAUGGUUAGUGGAGAGAUUCCCGAGAAUCUGCGGAUGGUCUCUGUGCCGAUAAUUGACCAAGAAGAGUGCCAACGAGCUUGGCCGUAUCGUGUUACGGACGAUAUGAUCUGUGCCAGCGAGCCAGGCAGAAGUCAAUGCGGUGGAGAUAGCGGUGGCCCGCUGGUUGUCGGAGGGCGUCAGAUCGGAAUCGUUUCCUGGGGCCAGUAUGGCUGUUACGGCGAGCUACCUGCCGUGUUUGCACGAGUCUCCCACGAAAGUAUUCGCAGUUUCAUCAGUGAACAUGCUGGAGUGUGAAAUUUUUGUUUUAGUAUUACGUCGCUGAUGUGUUAUCUUGUGAUACGGCUCAUCUUCUUACAGCAGAAUUAUCAUAAGGCAGCCAGUGAUGUCAACCAUCGCGACGCUCAUUUUUGGUUCGCGGCGCAUUUUUCGUUUGUGGUGCUUUUCAGUUACGGAAUUUGACAAAGUUGUGUAUGAAGGACUUGUAGAACACACCAAAUCGUACAACUUUGCUGAACAUAGUGUUGAUUUUUGAUGAAAACAAAAAAAGAUUACAAUCAAAAAUGCGUUAGGCAAACGAAAGCAUCGCGAACCAUUGGACCUGAGGUCUGAAAUCUUCUUGUAACUUUAUGCGUAUGAAUUCUACAGCUAUACAAUGUUCUGAAAAAAUGUUGCUGUUGGUGAGUUCUACAAGUGCUUCGAACACCAUUUUGUCGAAUUCCGUAACUGAAAAGCACCACACACGAAAAAUGUGCCGCGAACCAAAAAUGAGCGUCGCGAUGGUUGACAUCACUGAAGGCAGCACACACGCGAUGAUUAUUAAACAAUGUGUUUUGAUAAUAAAAAGAAA